AUGUUAUUGUUGUAGAAUGGAGAUUAUUUUCAGCGUACGCGUUUACAACUCGCAGGCCGCGGCGCACGACCAAUUCGCAGCAACAACCCGCCGUCGAUAAAAUAACCGUCGCAAAAGUAUCGAGCGCGCGCCCGGGUCUUCCGUGCGUCCCCGCGGCUUCGUUUUCGCGUUCACCCGGCGGACGGACGUCGAAAAAAUCACCGCCGUCUCGUUGCCGUCCGUCGCCUCGCCGCUCCCCGUGCGUGCGUGCGCCCAGUCCCCCAAACGUCCCGGUUAUGCGCCACGGCCGACGACCGUCACCGCUGAAGCUGCACAAUAUUGCUCCACGGCCGGAGUGACCGACUCGUAGGCAAAAACCCGCCGCGCGCUAAGCCAUGUCCAAGCCGUCCGGUCCGGCCGCGUCCGGCUCUUCGGGCCAAUCGUCGUCCGGUCAAAGUUCCGCGUUGCCGCCGUCGGCCGAAGACAAUUUCGACUUUCUGUUCAAAAUCGUGUUGAUCGGCGACUGCGGCACCGGCAAAACGUGCGUCGUGCAACGGUUCAAGAGCGGCACGUACGCCGAGAACCAGGGCAACACCAUCGGCGUCGACUUUUCCAUGAAGACCAUCAAGAUCGACGGCAAGAAAGUCAAGGUAACCGUGCUCGGCUUGUUUUUCGCAUAGCUCUCAUAAAGCCCUUCGUUGUUUUGUCGGUUACAGCUCCAGAUAUGGGACACGGCCGGUCACGAGAGGUUUCGCACAAUCACUCAGAGUUACUAUCGUUCGGCCAACGGGGUUCUGUUAGGUAAAAGACGCGGCACCCUGUUCCGCUCACAUUAUGUUACGAAAUCGCAUUGUUUGUUUGUUUAGUGUACGACAUCACCAAACGCGCCACUUUCCUGAAUCUACAGAGAUGGGUCGAAGAAGUGCGCAGAUACACCUCGUCGAACGUACUGCUUGUACUGAUCGGUAAAAACAAUUGUAUUAGGUACCACAAUAAUUAGUGGGUAGUUAGGUGGUCGUGGAAACUUUUCAAGUAUAUAAGUUCCUCCAUUUAAUUCACUGUUUCCCGGGAAAGUAAGUGCAAUUAAGUUUGCUGUAGGACAAGACUCGGCAAGUGUUCUAUUUAGUAAAUUUAGAUUUUUUUUUCCACAACGUACCUAAUAAUAAAUAAAUUAGGAAAUUAAUGGACAAUAAACUUGGUAGAAAUAUAAUACAGUAAUACAUAAGUAUCGUUUUGUAAUUUAAAUUUAAGUGCUUAACUAUUAUUUCGGUUGCGUAAGCAUAUUAUUAAGUAGUAGUAGAAAAAAACUUUGGUGUUUGAUGCCAAUGAUUUUAUAACGCGUUCUAAAUGUUCUCCGUUUCAUUAUGUUUUGUGCAGGUAACAAAUGCGAUCUAGAGGAAAACCGCCAGGUAGAAUUGUCAGAAGCUGAUGCCAUGUGUGAAUAUUUCCCCGAAUUAUUGUCCGUACUAGAGACAUCAGCCAAAGAAAAUAAAAAUAUCGAAGAAGCAUUCGUUACGAUCGCUUCGGAGCUUAAAGUAAUUUUUUUAUAAACUCAUCAGGUGUAAUAUUUAAUUUUUAAACAUUUUUUUUUAGAGACGUCACGAUCAGAGCGCUCAUAUUGAAGACGAACCCAAUCCCGUUAUCAACUUAAGCGAAGGCGAGAAUGUCCAAAAGUGUAAAGGCUGUAUUCUGUUAUAAAAAAUAGGUGUCGCACCGUCGGUGACAAAUAAUAAUUGGUACGGUAGAACAAAUUGAGAAUUUAAUCGUUUAUAUUCUAAAAUAGGAUCGUGAACAUAUAUAUAUAUAUAUAAAUUAUAUUCAGUUAUAUGUGUUCAUAAUCGUAUAAAAAAAACAACACAUAACAUACAAUCUUUAACGUUUUCUUUGAAUUGUUAAAAAAGAAGAAAGGUUACAAAGUCCUACAAUUUAUACAUGCUCUAAUUUAUUAUCAGUGAUUUGUAUUUAAAUUGGUCUUUGUUAUACUUGCAAUAAUCAUUUGUGUACCUUCUUUAUUUUAAACAGUAAUACCUAAUAAUAAUAUUAUUAUGUUCUGUUAAGUUAAUCUUUAUAUUUUAUUAAGCUUCUCAAUAAUUAUAGUUUAUUAUUAUUACGUCGAGGUUAAGUUCCUCUCGUGUGCGGUCCAUUAAAUUAUAACACUUUAUGAUCUAUUGUUUCAAAAUUAUUUUUAUCGUGAUAGACAAAAAAGAAAACAAAUUAUACAAUCUGAUAAUAUUAAUAUGUGUAUAUAGAUACACGUCCAUAUCAAGAAAUUUUAUUUUUUUUAAAUAUUUAAGUAGGUAUGCCUUUUAAUAAUGUUCAUAAUUUAAUUUUAUUGAAUAUAAAUCUAUAAACAAAUUUUUAAUCAAAUACAUUUUCUACUACUGUAUAGUAUAAUGUAAUAAUGUGUAUAAAAUACAGAGUCUUUCAAAUACAACAGUAGAUUCCACUAAUAAUUUAAAACCCUUCUAUUUGAAAACUGUUUUGGUUCGUUUUAUAAAACAUUUAAAUACCAUAAAAAUAUGUUUUAUUAAAAUCAUUAAAAAGUAACUUUUGUAACUUAAAUCGGGACAUAAAAAUAUUUAAAUAUUUUAUAGUUUAUAUUAUAUUAUAAUUAUUGUAGUGUCUAAUUUGGAAGAUUCUGUAUAAUAUACAAACAUAUAAGAUUAUUACCAUUUAUAUAUAAAAAAAAAAAAAAAUAAGCACCUCUAAUAAUAUCGGGGAAGGUUUUUUUUUUUUUUUUUUAAUUAUUAUUAUUAUGCAUAGAAAGUUAGGGGAAAGAUUAAUAAUUUUGUCUUAAUACUUAAUACUAAUUAACUAGUCACAUAAUAAGAUUUUAUUUUAUAAUGAAAAUGGUGUAUUGUAGAAGUUCCUCUCGUCAGUAAACGAGUGUCACAGAAAAAAAAAAAUUGGAAAUAACAUAAUAUUGUUACAAUUGUCUCAUUUCCCCUCUCACUCUUUUCAAACUCAAAUUUGUGAUUUUUUAAAAAAUAUUUAUAUAUUAUACGUUUAAAAAUUGUACGUACAUAGAGUGUAUCAAAAUUGAUUGUUUUCAACUUUAUAUAGAUGUUUUAUUAUUGGUAGCUAUUUUUGAAUCCUAUAAAUAUUUUAUGUUUUAAAAAUGAAUACUUAUUUGUUUUUUGAUUUUAUAUAUUGUCUGUUUAUAUUUUAUUUAAAUAAUAAUAACAAUAAUAUUAUUAUAUUGUCUCUGCGCCAGGCUUUGUCCAUUGUCUAAUUGUCAUAGUGUUAUCAGUCAUGCGUAUUCUAUUGCUGCUCACUUGUUUAUUUAUACAAAAUAUAAUUGAUAAUAUUAUUGUAAAUUGUGAUUGAAACAAGUGUUCAAAAAUCAAGAAACUGAAAAUCACAAAUCAUGAACAAAGAAGAAGACUACAGUUUCUAUAGGCGCUUGGAAAUCACAAAAUAUUUAUAUAUAUAUAUAUAGUGUAAUGUUACAUUAUAUAAUAUUUAUCUCAUAAGCAAUUAUUAUUAUUUGUUGUUUUCCAGUUUCACGAAUAACUAACGCAAAUCUAAUAUAUGAUGUUUAAUUAUGUUAUUAAAUAAGCAAUAUUGAACAGAACACUUAAUAACUUUUAAUAGUUUACG